CAUGGUGAGUUUUUGUUUGUGAUAUGUAACAAGAACAAGCUAGCAGAAUAACUGGGUUUGUCGGUUUUGUUUCAUCUUCAGUCACAACGUAUACAGUUGAAGAGAAAAGUCGUCAUGUUAAGUAAAAUGUCUUUUCUUGGUUGUUCUUCUUGAUCGUCUUUUUUUUUUUUUUUUUGGUGAAACUUGAGAGGUUGUGAAAAAUUUGCAGUUGAUCGGAUUUUGGGUGGUGUUGCUUUCGUUAAAGGUGAAAAGUAGUUGAGAAACCAGCAAAAAAGUUUACAAGAGAGAGGGAGGUGAAGCGUGCGGUGAAACUUUCUUGUGAGAUUUUUGUUCACGUGAAAUAAUGCCUCAUAGAACUGCUUACUUUUUUCCAAGGCAAUUUCCUGACCGUGGGUUCGAUGCAUCUGCAAAGUUUGUUAAUGAUAAUCACGAGAAUAAGAUCGACGAUGAUGAUCAAAUUAGAUCAGGAAAAUCUUCUUCAUCAAAGGAGAGCGAUGUUGUCACAUCAAAACCGCUCAUAAGUAGUGUGAAAGAGACUAAUACUAAUAAUAAUGCAUCAUUUUUGUACGGGAAAAACCGCGAUAAGAUUCACGGGAAGCAAUUAGCCGCUUUUGUAAACUGGCUUUCUGAGAAAAACAAGAAAGGAAAAUCAUCAAUACAGAAUCACGUGAAGAUCAAAAAAUUGGAUGAUCGUGAUACACAGGAUGAUCAAGAACAUGAACUUUUGCUUCCCGUUCCUCCUGAAGCUGUACCAGUACAUGAACUGGUUGAUCAUCAUUGCCACGUGGCUGAUCAUUGUCAGCCGGAGCACAAGCAGCAACAGGGGAAGACAUUUGAUCGAAAAUCGUCACUGCGAAGGUUAUCCAGUUCCGGAAGCAAUUACAGUUGUACGGGGAAGGGUAAUUUUGAGAGACAAACAUCGUUACAAAGGCUAUCGAGUUGGGGAAGUACUAGCUAUGCAGGUAGUUUGUUUUCAGGUACGACAUUGGAUGGGAACUGGCCGAGUACUGGGGUUAAAGAUACGCAAACGUCGACGACAAGGGAAGUACUGGAGGAGGUGGUGCCGGAGAAAGAGGAGAGAGUUGUUGAUAGCAAAGAUACAUUGAUGCAGAAGUCGAAGGAGAGUUAUUACUUGCAACUCACGCUUGCUAAAAAACUUGUAGACCAAGCAAUGCUUGGUUCUUCUGGAGAGCCUAUGCUUUUGCACGAGUGUAAAAGUACCAAGGGCUUUGGUGGAUCUUCUGAUGCUCAAACUGUGUCUUAUCGUUUAUGGGUGAAUGGUUCCUUGUCUUAUUCUGACAAGAUAUCGGACGGGUUUUAUAACAUAUUAGGAAUGAAUCCGUAUCUGUGGGUUAUGUGUAAUGAGACAGAGGAUGGUAAACAAAUACCAUCUCUAAUGGCCCUAAAAGGAAUUGAGCCCAGUGACACAUCAAUGGAGGUUGUUCUUAUUGAUAGGCGUGGGGAUUCAAGGCUCAGGGAAUUAGAAGAUAAAGCUCAAGAAAUUUACUUUGCUGCUGAGAAUGCGUUAGUCUUGGCAGAAAAACUUGGCAAGCUUGUGGCGGUUUAUAUGGGGGGCUCUUUUCCGGUGGAGCAAGGUGAUCUUCAUCAGAGGUGGGAAGUUGUUAGCAAGAGAUUAAAAGAUCUGCAGAAGUGCAUUGUGCUACCAAUCGGCAGUUUCUCCUCAGGACUUUGCAGGCACAGAGCUAUUUUGUUCAAGAAGUUGGCGGAUUACGUAGGUUUGCCUUGUAGGAUUGCUCGAGGUUGCAAGUAUUGUGUCGCAGAUCAUCGAUCUUCUUGUCUGGUGAAAAUUGAGGAUGACAGAAGAUUUUCAAGAGAAUUUGUGGUUGAUCUUGUUGGGGAUCCUGGAAAUGUACAUGGUCCAGAUUCCUCUAUAAAUAGAGGUGUAUUGUCUCCUGUUCCUUCACCACUUCAAGUAUCUCAUCUGAAGGAAUUUCAACAACCUUACAUGGAUAGUGAUAUAAGUAAUCAGUUACCGCAUUCCAAUGACACAUUUGCUCUUCCAGAAAAUGCUUUGCAUACAGACCCUCAUGCUGAGAGUGAACAACUGGAGGAAAUUGUUGUCAGUGAUAAGCCAAAAUUGCCAAAUGAUUCACUAUAUCACCCUUAUCAAGCUUUGGAAUUAGAACCCUGUGAUGUUCUUGUUACCACUGAAACAGCAGGAGAUGCGAAUUCUAGAUCUAGAGAAGACAAAAUUAUUAUCAGGCAGACUUACAAGAAGGAGGUUGUUCUGUCCAAAAACUCACCGGUGCACCGUGGUAGACCGCCAAAAGCAACUUUAUUAGGUAAAAUGGAUGCAAUGGAUAUUGGAGGUAGAACAGGGAAUCAUGAGAAAUAUCCGGCAGCAACAAAUCCAAGAUAUCUGAGCCUUGAGCCUUCUCUUGCAAUGGACUGGCUUGAGAUCUCAUGGGAUGAAUUACAUAUAAAAGAACGUGUUGGCGCUGGUUCAUUUGGAACAGUACAUCGUGCUGAAUGGCAUGGAUCGGAUGUUGCAGUCAAGCUGCUAACCGUCCAGGAUUUUCAUGAUGAUCAGUUAAAGGAGUUUCUAAGGGAGGUUUCAAUUAUGAAGCGCGUCCGUCAUCCAAAUGUGGUGUUGUUCAUGGGGGCUGUUACCAAACGGCCUCAUCUAUCUAUAGUGACUGAAUAUUUGCCUAGAGGAAGCCUCUACCGUCUGAUACACAGGCCAGCUGCUGGGGAAUUGUUGGACCAGAGGAGACGUAUCCGUAUGGCUUUGGAUGUGGCCAAGGGUAUAAAUUAUCUUCAUUGUCUGAGCCCACCCAUUGUGCAUUGGGAUCUGAAAUCUCCUAACCUGUUGGUUGAUAAAAAUUGGAAUGUAAAGGUGUGUGAUUUUGGUCUGUCAAGAUUUAAAGCUAAUACGUUCAUAUCAUCAAAAUCAGUUGCUGGAACUCCUGAAUGGAUGGCCCCGGAAUUUCUUCGUGGGGAGCCCUCAAAUGAGAAGUCGGACGUCUACAGCUUUGGCGUAAUAUUAUGGGAGCUUGUGACCUUGCAACAACCUUGGAAUGGACUGGGGCCUGCACAGGUAGUUGGUGCUGUUGCUUUCCAGAACAGGAGGCUCACUAUUCCACAGGACACUUCUCCAAAGUUGGCAUCUCUCAUGGAAGCCUGCUGGAAUGAUGACCCGGCACAACGCCCAUCCUUUGCUAGCAUUGUGGAUACAUUAAAGAAACUACUAAAGUCUCCACUACAGUUGAUUCAGAUGGGAGGAACAAUGAAGACUUAGAUACUCUCCAGUUGUCUCAGAGAAAAAUAAAUUCAUCCUAGUUCGUAGAUAUAUAAUUACUUAAUGCUGACAAAUUAGUCUGCAAAACUUGCCCAACAACAGCAAAUAUGUUGGCUAUCUAACAUUUUGAAUGAUAAACAAGCCUCUGUUAGUUCCAGUUAGAUGGAGGCAUCUCUAAUGCUGUUUAGUUUCUUGCAAGAACCCUCAACUAUGUCAGCCAAUUAUCCCCUUGCAAAUGUGAAAUAAUUUGAGGCUGAAAUUAUAAUUAUGUACUACUAGUAUUUUGGGCAAAGUAUUCUUGGAAAAGUCUGUCCUCCAGACUCUUACGAUGUAGCAAAAUCGCCAUAAUAAUAUAGAGAAGAAGUUUCAGUACAAAACUUAGGGAUACACUUCUUGUCUUCUUGAUGAUGGCUCUGGUAGUUUCUGCUUAAACACAGUAAUAUCAAGUCAAAAUAUCUGAACUUUUACAUCUGGCCCAUGGCAUUGGUUCAAAGGCAAAGGUAGUACAUGCGCAUUAGGCAUAC